GGUCAGGAUGGCAGCAUGGGCAGAGCUGGGCAGCAUUUGCCAGUGUGCCAAGGGCAGAGGGGCAAGCCUAUUGAGAAGCACUGUGAUGGACACAAUGGGUGCGACAGACUUGCUGCAUCAACAGGCUUUUUGCUGCUGUGGCCAGAAAUAAACCAUAAAUACCCCCACUGGCCUUCAACGACCGCUCGCCAGGCCUCCACACCCACACACACCCUCACACUGAGACAGACAGAAAAGAGAGAAAAGAAAGAGGAAAGACGGAGAGCGUGGCUUGUACGUGGUGCAGUGAAGCACAAGCCAUCCAGAAGCAAAAUGACAGACCAGCAGGGAAACCCAGACCAGCUGCCUGCAGAGAAGGGCCAAGGAGGGUCUGGAGCCACAUAUAAGUUGGCGGUUUUUGAGUUUGAGAACUUUCGUGGAAAGAAGGUGGAGUUGUCUGGUGAAUGUAAAGAUGUGUUGGAGAAGACGCAGAGAAUUGGCUCGGUCAUUGUGGAGUUGGGACCAUGGGUGGGGUUUGAGCGUCCAGGUUUUGCAGGAGAGCAGUUUGUGCUGGAGAAAGGAGAGUACCCUCGCUGGAGCGCCUGGACCAACUGCAUGAGUAUCUACAGUCUGAGCUCAUUCAGGCCUCUGAAAGUGGACAGUGCAGAUCAUAAGCUGCACCUGUUUGAGAAUACAGGCUUUGAAGGUAGAAAGAUGGAGAUUGUUGAUGAUGACGUCCCCAGUCUGUGGGCUCAUGGUUUCCAGGAUCGAGUGGCCAGUGCUAAGGCUAUCAAUGGAACGUGGGUGGGAUACAUGUAUCCAGGCUACAGAGGGUGCCAGUAUGUGCUUGAGCAAGGAGAUUUCAAGCACUGGAACGAUUGGGGAGCCACUGCACCUCAGAUCCAGUCCGUCCGACGUGUGCGGGACAUGCAGUGGCACAAGAGAGGGUGCUAUAUUGCCCCUGCCCCUGCUCCUACACCUCCUAAUCCUAAUCCCAUCCCCGACCCAACUCCCAAUCCCAACCCAAACCCCAAUCCUAAUCCUGCUCCCAAUCCCAAAUCAAAAACUCAACCCCAACCAUAACACCACACUUCCAGCUCCUCCUACACCAAACUGGGGGAGGCUAAAGGCUACACGCCAGUGCCCAAUCUCUCCACUACGCCCCCUGUUAGUCUAGAAUAUCUGACCAUGCAAUUUUGGAAAACUGUAACUGAAUAUAAUGAACCAUGUAAAUCUGUUGGAAAUAAAGGUUUUGGCCCUGAUUUUGGUUAUCUGCAAA